AUGACAACGGAUCCCUUUCCCAGAACGCACUCGCAGCAAGGCCGCCGAGAAUUGCGGGGCCAGCUCCUCGCGGCCAACGAUGAAUUCGUUGCUAAAAUCCCGAAGGUCGAGCUCCACGUGCAUAUAGAGGGAACCUUAAGCCCGGAGCUCAGGUGGAGGCUGGCUAGGCGGAACGGUAUUGGCGUCCGACUGAGUACCAACAAGGAAUCGAAAGAACUGCAGUCCCUAGAAGAGGUGGAGUGGGCGUACGGGGAUGUCAUCUCUAGCGCGCAGCUGCCGUUAUACGCGGACCGCCCGCCCUCCGAGAUGCCGCCGACAUUCUUCGAGGCGUAUUAUAGCGGGUGCGAGGUGCUGAGGACAAAACAAGACUUCUUCGAUCUCGCGCUCGAUUACUUUGCGAACCGCGCGGCAUCAAUGAAUGUCCGGUACUGCGAGGUCUUCUUCGACCCGCAGAGCCACACUUCAAGGGGUGUUUCUUGGGAGGACAUGAUGGGAGGACUAAGCGAAGCACAGCAGAAAGCUGAGGCGGAGUAUGGCAUCAAGUCCGGAUGGAUUAUGUGCUUCCUCCGCGAUGUAUCCCUCUCGUCAGCCCUGGAGCACUACCGGGAGGCAAUGUCGUAUCGGGACAUGAUUGUUGGCUUUGGCCUCGACUCCAACGAAACAAACCACCCGCCGUCCCUAUUCGAGGACAUCUUUGCGCGGGCCCGGCGCGACGGCUUCCGGAUCACGGCGCACUGCGACGUGGGGCAGAAAGACACGCACAAAAACAUCCACUACGUCGCGUCGACCCUCGGGGGCGGUGCCGGCGCCGAUCGUGUCGACCAUGGACUAAACGCCGCGGAUAUCCCUGAGCUCACAGAUCUGAUUACUCAAAAGAGAGGCAUAGGCAUGACUAUAUGUCCUUGGGCGUAUCUACGUCGAAUGACGUACCAGGAAAUGGCCAUUAAGAUGCAAGUACUGAUUUCUGCAGGAACAAAACUAUGCAUAUCCAGCGACAGCCCUGCGUAUAUGGAUGAUAGCUGGAUCCUUCAUAACCUUCUGCUAGCAAAACAGAUGGGCAACCUGUCGGACGGAGAUGUCUUAUCCAUGAUGAAGGUUUCGGUCGAGAUGUCGUGGGCACCGCGCGAGGUGAAGGCGGACCUUCUCCGCGAACUGGAAACCUUUGGACAAACGUAUUCAUAG